UGAAAUGUAAAUAGUGCCCAUGUUCUUCUCCUUUAGUUCCAAUGUUUUUAGUCUAACAUGUAACUUAGGAGAGUAUAAAAUAGCUAAUUUAAACAAUAAUAAUAGUAAUAAUAUAGUAGCUAAUAUAGUACAAUACAGCUCUUUUUAAAAUUUCAGUGAAAAGAAGUUAACUAUGAGAAGAAGUACAAGAAUCAAAAGUAAAGUGGAAGUUGGUCAUGGAAAUUCCCAAUUGCAAAGUGAACAAAUUGCGAAGAAAGAUUUAAGUCAAAGUGCAUUUAAUGCACCACCUGAUCAGACUAAUCUUUCUGAUGCAGAUGAAAAGUUGACCUCUCUUAAUGAUUUGAUUGAGGAUACAUUGUCACAUCAAGUCCAAUCAUGUUUGAAGAAUUCAUCUGAUGAAGAGAACAGCACUGAGCUUAAAUCAAAUUCGAUUUCUACUAAGAAAUCUAAAGCUAAAAAGAAAACCACGAUUCAAAUAAAAAAGUCUAGUAAAAAAAGUGAAAAGCUGAAACAAAAAUCAUUAAAUUUUAUUGAAACCGAUCCUAGCUCAGAAAAAGAAAUAUAUAAAGCUGACUGUUUAAAUAGCAGCCCUGUGACCUUUAUUCCAAUAGUAUCAACUCAAGUUAAAACAACUGAAAGCAUUAAUCAACUGGAGUUAAACGAAAAUGAUAUUUUAGUCGAUAUAAUACCAUUAGUUAUUGAAAAACCUCUGGAAUUUACAAAAGAAAAAUUAACAAAAAGCAAAGAAAGGGAGAUUUUAGAAAGUGAAGGUUUGCAAUCGGAAAAUCUCAAAGAUUCGGUAAAGUUAGAAUCAAAGUUUCAGAGUAGUUUUAAUCAAUCACCUAACCUAAGCAAUAAAAAAAUAAAUUUUGAACAAACAUUAAACGCGUUGGAAGAAAAAAACGUUAUUUUGUCUAUUUCUGAGCUUAAUGAUAGUCAAUCAAAAAAUGGUUUGAAUUCAAAUAAAUCGUGUGAAAAUUUUGAAAAUAAUAACGAAACUAGUUUAAAAAUAAACAAAAAAAUCCAAGACGACAUAUGUUUAAAACCAAUAAUUGUUGCUGAAAAUUGUUCUCAGAGUGCAGAGUUAGCUCUACUUAAUGACAGUCCUAAAAAAUCUCAAAAGAAAUAUGUAUCUUUGAAUCCAUUGAAUUAUGUUCAAAUAAAUAUUGAUAACAAUAGCGAUUUAUCGAAAGACGCUGCUGGUUUUAAAGUUAAUUCGUUUUUAAAGAAUUUGCUGCAUAAUCCUACAAAAUCACAUUUACCUCAUGAGAAAAUGGAUGUGUGUGGAUUAGAUAGAGUGUUAUUAGAUCCAGCUCCUGAUACUCUAAGUAAAGGUCUUACAUCCUCCAUACAAUAUAGUAUUGGUGUUUCAAGUUCGAACUUCUAUAGUGGUUUGACAAGUGAAAAAAAACAAAAAAACGGAGUUGAGGCGGUUAUGGAAAAGAGUGUUCUCACAAGUGAUUUAGAAAAAAGAGUUUGUGCUCCUAAAAUGUUUGAAUCUAAACAUUCGAAACAGGUGAAACGAAAAAAAAUUGCAGAAGAAACGGCUGGUAAAGGUUGGUAUAAUUUGCCAAAAACAGAGGUAACAGAAGAGAUCAAAAGAGAUUUACAAAUAAUAAAAAUGAGAGGUGUAUUAGACGGCAAGCAUCAUUACAAACGCAAUGAUUCAAAUAAAUUACCAAAAUAUUUUCAGAUUGGAACUAUUGUUGAAGGAGCUCACGAAUUCUACAAUUCAAGAGUGCCUAACAAAAAACGAAAAGCAACAAUUGUCGAUGAGCUUCUCAAUGAUGCUGAAUUUCGACGCAAAAAUAAAAAGAACUUUCUUCAACUUCAAAAAAAAAAAAUGAGUGGAGGAAAAAAAUAUUACAAGCAAAAGAUAAAUAAAUCUAAGCCGACUUGGGCAAGAACAUAGUUAAAUUUAAAUACCGAAUAAAACAUGUAUUAUGGUUUUUUGAUUAUAAAUAAAUCCUA